AUGGGCUUUUUUAGCAAGUCCAUUAUGGGUUCGGCCAGGUUCACAAUGGGACAGUCGGGUGGUGAAGGACGGGCCCAAUAUAUCCAGGAGGAUCAUCCUGAAAAGUUCCUAGGUUAUUCGACCAGUACGGAUUCCAUUCUUAAUCCUCCAAGAGCUCCAAAGGUCCGUGAUUUUCAUUUUGGCAGACAUAAUUUUUUAGCAUUGCAAGUUACUUGUGGAAGGCAGAUAAUUAGAAGUAGCCGAAUCAUUGGUGGUCAAGAUACUUAUGAUGGUGAACACCCCUGGAUGGUUUCUCUUAGAAAAACGGGCGAGCAUUUCUGUGGAGGUGCCAUUAUCCAUUCUCAAUGGGUUUUAACAGCGGCUCAUUGCGUCGGAACUUCUCUAAAUACUGCAAUAUUUGCAAGAAUCGGCGAAUAUAAAUUACGAAAAAAGGAAUCUCACCCUUCCUUUGAUAUCUUAGUGAAACAAGUUAUUAUUCAUGAAAAUUUCAUGACGCCAAAUUUUUAUAAUAAUGAUAUUGCACUUUUAAAACUAUCGAAAAAUAUCACCUUUGAUAAAUAUGCAAUUCCAAUUUGUUUACCAAUGAUGGAUGAUUACACGGGAAGGAAGGCCAUUAUUUUAGGAUGGGGAUUGCUUAAAGAUGCUAAACAAGGAGUACAACGUGGAGAAACAUUACGAAAAGGUACAGUUUCCGUAUUGAAGAACAGUGUUUGCAAAGAAUGGUAUAAUAAAGCUGGGAAGACUUUAAACAUUCAACAACAACAAUUUUGUGCUGGAUAUAAAAAUGGCGGAGUAGAUUCUUGUUUGGGUGAUUCGGGUGGUCCACUCGUGAUAAGUAAUGGAGGUAAAUUUGCAAUAAUUGGAAUAAUAUCUGCAGGAAUUGGUUGUGGAAAACCACUUUUGCCUGGAUUAUAUACGAAAGUUUCAUCGUUUAUUCCGUGGAUUUUAAAUAACAUGAAUGUUUAA